AAUUGUAUUUUUUUUGUUUGUUUCUCUUGUUGUAACCUUACAUUAACUCUCAAGAUAUAAACUUAGACAAUUCUCUUAUGGAAAGCAUCUUGAAGUGGUUAGCAAAGGGGUUUACUGAAAGGUUCAAAUUCCCAGGUUGGCUGAGACCUUUCUGGAGGUUUGGAGUUUAGAUGUUCUCCCUGUGCUCUCGUGGGAUCUCUUCUGUUACUCCAGCUUCCUCAAACAGUCCAAAGGCAUGCAUGUUAGGUUAGCUGGUGAUUUUAAAGCAGCUGGAUGUAAGGUAUAUGGAGAGUGCAGAGCAAAUCUUUGUCAUGCCAAGAAGAAGCCGUAUGUGAACAUAUCAUUGUGUUACAGCAGCGGGAUAAAGAAUAAAAAUAGUGCAGUCUACCGGUGGGCGGUAAUGUUUACCAACCACAAAGAAGACAAAAAAAGCCGAAGAAGAGUCGUCUCCCGGUAGCCCGUCGCUAACUCGGUUUCCAUGGAGAUUGGUUUCAGUUUCCCGGAUGUUCCAGUUUCCUCUGUUCAACAUGGCGUCGGGAAAGUAAGACUUCGGCUAAUAUCACACAGUUUGCCCUGAAGUUAGUCCGCUCCCGCCCUUCUGAUUUUUGGAGAGUUUCCAAGUACGUCGCGGGGUCGGCAGAAAAGGUUUUCCUGGGACAUCCCUGGUCUGAUGCUCGGCCACAGCUGCCAUCAUGUUUGCCAAAAAGAAGAAGUCUCGUAUCCAGAUCUCAGCUCCGUCCAACUUUGAGCACCGUGUGCACACGGACUUUGACGAGCAGGAGCAGAAGUUUGUCGGGCUGCCGCGGCAAUGGCAGUCACUCAUCGAAGACACGGCGCAGAGGCCCAAACCCUUUAUCGACGCGACCAUCAUCACUACCGUAGAACCGCGAAAGACCAUCGUACGCGGCAGCAGGAUGGGAACAGAGUCUCUAACAUGGCUGCUGGAUGAGUUCGACACCAUGUCCGUUACUCGCUCCAACUCCCUGCGGCGCGGGAGUCCUCCAACACACCCUCGCAGGGACUCGAGCUCUUCAGGAGGAGGUGGAGGGCAGGAGAACGGAGAUCCUCAACACAGACACUACUCAGACAGACAAGACAGAGACCGACUCAGACAAGACCAGCAGAGCGGAGGUGACCCCCGCCACCAAGGUCAGCGCGGAGUCCGUCCUCCUCAGACAGAUGAGGUGAUCCAGGGCCGCCCCCAACAGCAGCCCCGGGGUCAAGAGCCCAACAGAGCCCAGAGGGACAGACAAGGCCCCCCUCCUCCCCCUCACAGAGACAGACAGCCUCGGGACAGAGACCAGGAUCAUGGGGCUCAGCGGGAUCAGCCUGGUGACCACAGGCCAAAGUCCAGCUAUGUGGCACGGGACAGCAGUCCUCAGUCUCCCAGAGACAAGAGGCCUCUCUCAGGACCCAACAUACGCACCCCAAAUCUGCCAAUGUCUGAGGGAGUGAUGAAAACUGCUCAACAAGCCACACGGCCGUUUAACACAUACCCGCGGACAGAGAGCGAUGGCGGGCGCAGCCCCACUGGACAGGUGGGUCGACACCAUGAGUCCUCACCUCAGAACGGCCCCUCUAGCGGCUCCGUCCGAGGUUCCUCUGGCUCCAAACCCCCUAUAAGCCACCCACACCCUCAUCACUCUUCGCACCCCAUCCUGGCCCCCGAGUCCUCCCAGCUCCCGCACACCCCUCACCCCAACGUUCCAGCCCCACGACCCCCUGUACCCUCUGGGCCCGCUGCAUCGGGUGCUCCUCCUCAGGGCCGCUCACCACAGAGGGAACCCCAGAGAGUUUCCCAUGAGCAGUUCAGGGCGGCACUGCAGAUGGUGGUCGAUCCGGGCGACCCGCGGACCUACUUGGAUCACUACAUUAAGAUUGGUGAGGGCUCCACAGGGAUUGUGUGUAUCGCUACGAUGAAAACCACAGGAAAACUGGUCGCCGUGAAGAAGAUGGACCUGAGGAAACAACAGCGCAGAGAACUCCUCUUCAACGAGGUGGUGAUCAUGCGGGACUAUCACCAUGAGAACGUGGUGGAGAUGUAUAACAGCUACCUGGUGGGGGAUGAGCUCUGGGUCGUCAUGGAGUUCAUGGAGGGAGGAGCGCUCACUGACAUCGUGACACACACAAGGAUGAAUGAGGAGCAGAUCGCCACAGUGUGUCUGUCCGUCCUGAAGGCGUUGUCUGUCCUUCACACACAGGGUGUGAUCCAUAGAGACAUAAAGAGCGACUCCAUCCUCCUCACUCAUGACGGACGGGUGAAGCUGUCCGACUUUGGUUUCUGUGCACAGGUGUCUAAGGAAGUGCAGAGAAGGAAGUCUCUGGUUGGAACUCCAUACUGGAUGGCACCAGAGCUCAUAUCCAGAUUACCUUACGGACCAGAGGUGGAUAUCUGGUCUCUGGGUAUCAUGGUCAUAGAGAUGGUGGAUGGGGAGCCACCGUACUUCAAUGAGCCGCCACUCAAAGCCAUGAAAAUGAUUCGAGACAACCUGCCACCCAAACUGAAGAAUCUGCACAAGGUCUCCCCUCUGCUCAAAAGCUUCCUGGACCGGAUGUUAGUGCGAGACCCGGCUCAGAGGGCCACCGCCAGCGAGCUUCUCAAGCACCCGUUCCUGUCGAAGGGGGGGCCGCCGUCCUGCAUCGUGCCUUUGAUGCGGCAGAACAGGAUGAAGUGAGAUAAUACGCGCCACUAAGACGCCUGGACUCUGGAGAUGGUGUUACAGGAUACUCCUGCACACACAGGAGUGACCCUCAGAGGUCACAGACAGGAGACGUGAAAACAGGGUGUGCAGGAGUAUCCUCUGUGAGUCACUGAACUGCGAGAGUGAAUUCCAUAAAACAAACAGAGGCAAUAAGGUGGAGUGUGUGUGUGUGUGUGUGUUUCAUACAUGUGUGUGUGAGCAGCAGAGGAGCCUCCUGUAAACACUUUUACCUGAAGAGCCUCAAUUGGAAAGAUUAAGAACUGUGGAUCUUUUUUUGCUCCUAUCUGUGGACCCUGCCUGGAUUUGAGGUGUGAAGGUGAGGUUUUGCACACCAGUCUGAUGCUUUGAAGGAGCCGAGAGCCCAUUGGCUGAUUUUUAACAUCACUAUUGGACAAUCUGUAAGCCGAUUUUCUUUCUUUCGUUUUUUUUUCCCUGCAUUCGGAGACUGUCCUCAUCACAGCCAGAACUUACUACUGAGAGAGGAAAUCUUGUGGCUCCGACUUUAUUCUGUAGCCUUAAAAACACUAAUUUCCUGUCGUAAACAAGCAAACGUACACUAAGUGAAAAAGUAAACACUGGAGUCGUGGUUUCAGAUGAA